GCUCCUGCCGGGGCGACUUCCAACAAGCUCACGGCGGCCGACUUUCUGGCUCUUCGCAAAGACUACUUAACCAAGUAUCCGGGCGAGUUGCUCACGCCUGAGAACACUCCGUCCGUUGAAUUCUUGUCUUUGAUCCGCCAGCAUCAUGAAUCCGGCCAAUCCGUGUGGAUUCCAUGGCGUCAGCGCACUUCUGAAGCUGACUUCCUGCACUGGGAGGAAUCCCGCCGCCCCAGGUCCGACCGCCAGAUGCUUCGUUCGCUUUUGGAUUUGCCGGACGAAGCGGCCGGUCCGACCUUUGGUUUCAGCAUCAAUGGCCCCUCCGAAUCCGUCUUGCGGCGUUGCCUGGACUUGUUCGCCACUGCUCUGGCCCUCCUGGACUUG